AUGGCGAACGAUUGUAGCAAAUUUGUCCAAAAAUGCCAUAAGUGUCAAAUUCAUGAAGAUUUGAUAAAGGUCCCUCCGACAGAACUGAAUGCUAUGACGUCACAUUCUGCUUGGGGCAUGGAUGUCUUAGGAACAAUUGAGCCAGCUGCGUCAAACAAACACAGUUUCAUCUUGGUCGCCAUAGACUACUUCACUAAGUGGUUUGAAGCAGCAUCUUAUGCAUCAGUAACAAAGAAAGUAGUCGCAGAAUUUCCGCAAAUGAACAGGGCUGUGGAAGCCGCCAACAAAAACAUCAAGAAGAUCCUCAAAAAGAUAAUUGAUAACUACAAAGACUGGCAUGAACAACUGCCUUAUGAAUUACUGGGAUAUCGCACUACUGCCAGGACUUCAACUGAGGCCACUCCAUACCUGUUGGUGUAUGGCACUGAAGCAGUAAUACUAGCCGAAGUCGAAAUCCCUUCACUUCGAAUCAUACAAGAAGCUGAGUUGGACGAUGCAGAAUAG